AUGGUUGAAUGGUCUGACUCUGCCGAGAUCGCCCGUGCCGCAGAGGCGUUCGAGAAGAUUAUCUUCGCGUUCUUUGGACUGUACCUAUGGGAGCUAUUCAUGACCUGCGACUUUGAAUGGUCGUUAAUAACUCGGAAGAGGAGGUUCCAUUGGCCAUUGGUGAGCGACUUGUUCCCUGGAAUGUAUUGCGAUGACACUGACCGAAAAUGGUUUAGAUCUUCUUCCUGCUGUGCCGAUAUUGUAUGCUGUUCUCUUUCAUCGGCCUGUGGGUACCCAAUAUCAUCUCUCCUAGUUGCAUUGAUUGACAUUGCAACCAGGAUAAUAUCACUGUCCGCACUGACACCCAUCAACUGCCGGGCACUCUUCACCUUCAAUUCCUGGACAGGAAACAUGGCAAUUCUCUGCGCCUCGACUUGCCUGAUGCUCCGAACGAUUGCUUUGUGGGAACGUCGAGUUUCUAUUAUCGCGAUCCUUGGAAUCCUUUGCUUGGCUCAUUGGGCCCUCCUCUACCGAGGGAUGUUCGUGGUUAUUGCUCAGUGGGACGAUGACUCCCAAUCCUGCGUUGUCACGCAGACGAGCCCGUUGUUCCUCAACAUUACCUUCUUUUUCACCAUGGGAUUCGACUUUAUGAUUCUCCUCUUCACAACCAUGGCUCUGCUUGGGCGCAAUUCGCCGAAGACAGGGCUCUGGAAGAUGCUUUUCCACGACGGUUUGGUCUAUUUCCUCAUCUCCUUCACGAUGAAUUGCAUUCCAGCUGUCCUCAACAUCUUGAAUCUAAAUACGCCAAUGAACGUCAUUGCAACGGUUCCUGCUGCCUCAAUCACGUCUAUAGCAGCAUGUCGGGCAGUCAUUCGAUUGGUCGAGUUCAGAUCGUCAGAUCAAUUCGUCCCCUCGGCGUCCUUUGGGACUAACCAGGGAAGAAGGGCUUUCCCAGCUGCCGUUCCGGGUAAACCAACUAAAUCCUCAACUAGGCCAGAGGUGCAUGUAACAACUGAGCACAUCACCAUGGCUGAAUUUCCGUGA